AUGGUAUUGCCAAUGAUGCAAUUUUUUAAUAUUGAUAAUUUAAUUUUCUCAGUAGUUAUUUUAUCACCAUUUUUAAUAUUAUCAUAUAUUUUUUUAAAUAAAUCUUUAAAGAAAAAUAUAAAUAUUUUUAGUAAUAGUAAUAAUAAUAAUAGUAAUAAUAAUAGUACAGAUUUUAAUAAUAUAGUAGAGCCAACUGAUAUUAGUAAUAAUAGUGAUAAUAUUAAUAACAACGAAGACUUUGUAGAUGGAGAAGAAGUAGCAGAUUAUAGCAACGAAGAUCAAAUAGAAGAAGAGGAAUACUUUGAAGAUUAUGAACAAAAUAGUUUUGAUAACUUAAAUUAUUUAUUCAGUGAAAUAGAAGAAAAAAUUAAUCAUUGUAUACAAGAGUCAAAUUUGUUAAAUAGUUAUGGUAUUAAUGAUAGUGUAAAUAGUUAUUUUUCAGAAGAGGAACUUUACUAUUCAAAUUUAAAUGGUAAUCUUAUCAAUAGUAGUAAUAAAAUUGUAGAAAUUAAUGAUGAAAUGGAUCAAUCUGAAGAGGAGCCUGUUGGACAAGAAUUUUCAAUUGAAAGAAUAAAACAACUUAAAGAGUUUUUUAAAAUCGAUGAUGAUAGUGAUAACAACAGCAACAGCAGCAACAAUAAUAAUCAAGACUUAAAGAAUAAUAUAGAAGUAAUUAAUGAAAAAAGUGAAAUUAAUAAAAUGAAGAAAGAUUUUAUGGAAUCAGAAGAAGAGUCAGGAUAUGGCUGUGAAACAUCAUCAAUUAUGGAAUCAGAUGACGAAUCGUGCUCAAUGAUGGAGGAAGACUUGAAUGCAUUUAAAAACAUCAAGAUUUUUAGUGGAUCCAUCAUAAUCAUUGAUAAAGAAUUGACAAUUAUCUCUGUAUCCGAUAGUAUUAAAAGUAUUUUCUCCAAUUACAAUGAAAUCAAUGGCAUGAAUUCAGUUCAAUCAAAUUCAAAUUCAAAAUUCAAUUUCCUUAGUUUAAUCUUUAACGAUGACAAAAAACACUUGGAACAGUUUUUAAAAUCAAAGUUUUCAAAGAAUGUAAAUGACUCAAACUUCAAUAUCAAUACAAUAUUCUUUAAAGGUCUCAAUUACAUUAAUAAUAUCGAUCCAUCCAUUCCAUUCGAAAUGCAAAUGACCGUUCUACCAUUUGUAUCCAAUAGCUAUUUAGUAUUGUCUUUAAAGGAUUUAUCACCACAACCAUUGAAAUUAGUUUUAAAUGCCUUCUCACCAAGAUCUUUAUCUUCCUCAAAUAACAAUUUAUCACCAAGAUCAUCUGCUGUUAACAAUGCCUUGUCACCAAGAAAUAAUGGUAACAAUCCAUUAUCACCAAGAAACAAUAGUAGUAAUGGUAACUCUGCUUUAUCACCAAGAAAUAACAAUAAUAAUGGCAACUCUGCUUUAUCACCAAGAUCAUCAUCAACAAAUGGUUCAAACCCAUUAUCACCAAGAAGCAAUGCUAAUAAUACAUUGUCACCAAGAUCUUCAUCCAAUAGUGCCUUAUCACCAAGAUCUUCAUCAGCAAAUAGUUCAAGUCCAUUAUCACCAAGAUCCUCAUCAUCCAAUGGAUCUUCAUCAUCCAGACCAUCUACACCAAGACCAGGUAGUGUUGAAAACAGUACCUUAUCACCAAGAUCUUCAUCCAGUCAAUAUACUACAUGCAAUGCUCCAUAUUCACCAAAAGCAUCACCAAGAAAAAUGCCAAAUCAUUUUAGUUUUGAUAGUAUGUUAAAUAAUAAAUCAAUUGAUAUGAUUUCACAUUUAUCCCACGAAUUAAGAACUCCAAUUCACAGUGUAAUCGCCUCUAUUCAAUUGUUUAGAUCAACUAUUCUUACAGUUACUCAAAAUGAAUAUCUUUCUAUUAUCGAUACUUCAGCAAAUACUCUUUUAGAAUUGGUUUCAAAUGUUUUAGAUUACAAGAGAAUUAGAUCAGGCAAAUUAACAUUAAAUAAUGUAGAUUUCAAUCUUUGUCAUAUCAUUGAAGAUGUAUGUGCUAUGGUUUCACCUCAAGCUCAAAGCAAGAGUCUUCAAAUUGCCUCAUUUGUAUUUAUUCAUUGUCCAUUAAGCUUUUAUGGUGAUCCAAUUAGAUUAAGACAAGUUUUAUGUAAUGGUAUUAAAUAUACAAAUAAAGGUCAAGUUUGUAUUUCAGUUGAACCAACUGUAACAGAAAAUAAAUCAAAUAAUAAUGGUGAAAGUGAAGGUGAUCAAAAUAUAAUGUCAUUGCACUUUAAAGUUAAGGAUAGUGGUAUUGGUAUUAAAGAAGAACAUAUUUCAAAAUUAUUCUCUGGUUUCUCACAAGUUAAUAAUGGUGGUACCAUUCAAGAGGCUUUAGGUAGUGGUUUAGGUUUAGCAAUCUCUAAAGAUUUAGUAGAGUUAAUGGGAGGUAAAAUUUGGUGUUCAUCAAAUGCAGCUCAAGGUGAAGCUGGUUGCACUUUCCACUUUGUCAUUCCAUUGGAGACCAAUCCAAAACAAUUACCAUGUCCAGUUCAAAACUUUAAUGGUCUUUCAGUAUUAGUUGUUGAUAAGAAUCCAUUUGUUCAAAAAGUUUUAUGCCAAUAUUUAGAGGGUUGGAGUUGCGAAGUUACCACUUGUUCUGAUCUUAAAGAAGCCUACUCUCAAUUAAAGAUUGACUUUAAGAGAAAACCAAUUGAAGUUGUAAUGAUCGAUAUUGAUAGCAUUGAAUUUAGAGACUUUAUUCAAUUCAAAGAGGCAUUUAAUCGUUUCGAAUUUGGUAGAAUUGGAUUAAUAUCAAUGUCAUCUGAUAGAUCUAUGGUAAAUGAAAUGGGCUUUGGUACUUCAAAACUAACUAAACCAUUCCGUCAAUCUCACUUAAUCGCAUGUUUAUUAGCAAGUAUGCCAGAACAUUCAAUGCCAUCAAGCACCACAUGCUUUACAAAUAAUACAAAUAUAAUCAAUAAUACUUUAGGUGAUAAUUCCUCAGCAACACCAUUAUUACCAACACCUUCCUCAACUCCAAACACCACAACACAUCACCACCAUCAAAUUAAUUCAACCCCACACGUUAUUAAUAAAGAAAGUAACUUUAGAAGACUAUCAUUAUCAUUAAAUAGAAUUGGAAAUGGAAGUAGCGCAAAUAGUAACACAACCUCUUUAAUUUAUGACUCACCAUCACCACGUUUAAAGAACCCAAAAUUAAUCGAACUUGAACAACAAGAAACCAACCCAAUCUCACCACCACUCCGUUCAUCACGUCAACAAUCAUCCUUAUCAUCACCCUCCUCAUUGCCAAGCCAAAUUAGUGAAACCCUAACAUCAUCCCCCGUUAUUUCUACAACACCAGCCACUGGUAGUUUACCACCAAUUUCAGCAUCAUCAUCCCAAUCUCAACAACAACAAUUACAACAACAAUUACAACAAGUCCAACAACAACAACAACAACAACAAUCAUUUAAUUAUGGUCGUGUUACUAGAAGACACUCAAUUGAUAUCAUAAUGUUUGAAAACUCAAGAGAAUUAUCGGAAUUAAGAAUGAAGGAAGUUUUAGAAGAAAGAAAUGCAGCCACUCCUCGUUCAUACAGUUUUAGUGGUCCAAGCACCAACAACACCCAAAAUGGUUCUUACCCAACCAUUGGUGAAGUUGAUAGUCAAAUUGGAGGCGCAUCCAACUCGUCUUUGGCUCAAUCACCAAACUCAUUAUCCCCACGUUUACCAACCAAAAUCAUGGUAAUAGACGAUAAUGUUAUUGGUUUAAAACUCUUCAAUAAACUCUUUGAAAACCGUAGCGAAUUUGAAUGUCAUUGUUACAACUCCUCAGAAAAAGCUUUAGCAGUUUUAGAUCAAAUUAAUCCUCAAUUCAUCUUUAUGGAUUGUGAAAUGCCAGUUAUAAAUGGUUUCGAAUGUACAAAAAUUAUUAGAAAAAAGGAAAUGGAAGCUUCAAAAGGAAGAAACAAAAUAGUCAUCAUUGCAUUAACUGCCCACAAUGACCCUGAAAUAUUCAAGAAAUGUUUAGAUUCAGGUAUGGAUGAUUAUAUCUCUAAAGGUUUUAAACAAGGAACCAUUGACUCAAUGUUAAGAAAAUGGGAAGAUAUUAUAAAUAGUACCAAUAGUUAUUUUAAUUAA